AAUUGGAACCAGAAUCCAUUCCAUUUUGGUAAUUUUGUCACGGAGUUCCCUCUGCCUCACGGCUCCAGCCACCAAAAAACUCAACCCAGAGACUCCGAUUCGGCGUAACCUCGAGAGAUACACAAAGAUGGCGUCAGGGUGGGGAAUCACCGGAAACAAGGGCCGAUGCUACGAUUUCUGGAUUGAUUUCAGCGAUUGUAUGUCCCGCUGCCGAGAACCCAAGGACUGUGCUCUACUCCGCGAAGAUUACCUCGAGUGCCUCCACCAUUCCAAGGAGUUCCAAAGAAGAAACCGAAUUUAUAAGGAGGAGCAGCGUAAACUAAGAGCAGCCGAACGGGAGGCCAAAGAGGGUAAACAUGUCGAUGCUGCUCAUGCAUAGUUAUAAUCAUCUUUCAGAGAUUGAAUAAUGAAGAAUGCAUGGACAUGCCUUGUUAUUUGAACAGUUUUUGACUUGUUAAUGACAUUCUAUUCUGUCUUUCCUUAAUCUGGUAUGAAAUUCACAAGUCAUGCAACAAGGCCAAUUCAUUUUAUUUUUCCUUGCUCCAUCAGAAAGGCAGUAUUAUCUGCUUGACCAUGUUAUUGGCACUGAAAUCUUAUUUCCAAGUACUGGUUUCAUCAAUAAGCUCUUAGCACACUGCCAUUUCUAUU